UGGGCGCCCGGGCGGCGGGUCGCUCGCUCUAGGCCUCGCGCCCGCCAGGCUGCCGCAGCUCCGGUGGCGCGACGGCCGCGGCCAGCGCGGGCCCGGGCCGAUGGCGGCGUCCGCGGCGGCGUCCCUGUCGGGCCUGGCGGUGCGGCUGUCGCGCUCGGCCGCCGCCGCCCGCGGCUCGUACGGCGCCUUCUGCAAGGGGCUGACGCGCACGCUGCUCACCUUCUUCGACCUGGCCUGGCGGCUGCGCGCCCACUUCCCCUACUUCUACGUCGUGGCCUCCGUGAUGCUCAACGUCCGCCUGCAGGAUCACACGGGAGAAUCUCGAGAUGGCCUUGGCGUGGUCCUGGAGGUGGGGUGUGUGCUGCUGACGGACACCAGGACCAACGGGAAGGAGCCGAUGCGAGCAGGAGAGAACCCGGUCCUGCUGCCUAUCCUGCCCUACGCCUCCUCAGGGUGCUUGUUCUGGACCCUCGGACCCAGGACUUGGACUUUCAGGACUGAGACCCACACUCAUCCUGGGAGCCCCAGGUGCACAGAGGCCAGGCUUCGGGGUGAAUGUCUGGCCACCUGACCCCAGGACAGGCCCAGACCUGGCUGCACUAGCCCUUACAGUGUCCCCUGGAGCCCGAUGGCUUCGGGCUUUGUGCCGCUCUCACUCCAGGAAAGCCUCGGCCCUCCGGGGUCGGUCCUCUCAGGCGCGGCCUGGGAGCCUUCUGUCAUCCUGCUGGCCCUCCCAGAUCCCCUCUGACAGGAGCCACUCAUGGCUGUAGGUGUAGUGGGAGGCUUCCUUAGGCAGGCUUCCUUGACCCCCUUCAAGUCCUGCUUGUACCUUCUGGGUGACUCGCUCCCCAGCUGCAGUGUCUGUCCAUGCAUGUUUAGGGGUGCCAUAGACAGAAUGAGCUGGACUGGGUCUCCACCCCCAUUCCGGGAAGGGCUUGCCUGAGCCACCUGGGGACUAAGAGGCAGCUUCCCCGCUGCAAGACUGUGCUGCCAGAAGGUCCAGGCCCUGCACCCCCAGAGAAACCUUUCUGAUGCAGAGGGG